GCCAACACAAACUAUUAUGUUUGUUUUUCUUAUUUUUCCGUACCUAAGUGAAAAUAUUUAGGGAUUGUGUAACCAUAUAAAAGUACUGAAGCAAAAUGGAUAGAUACGUUAUUAGAGAACCGAGGGUCGGAGCAGAAUAUCCGCAGGGAAAUCAAAUGAUAGCGUAUUCAGUAAACGGAGGGAGAAAUAAUAUGAUGCUUCCUGAAAACGUUAACUAUAAUAGUGGACGUUACACACAUCCGUUCCCGAAUAUGCAGAAUGUUUCUACCGCGAAUUAUGUGGAUGUUGCGCAGAUGAAUACCCCAGUGUAUGGACAAAAUAUGUUACUAGGUCAGACUCCAAUGAUGACUGGAAUUGACCCCAGAUAUUUGGCGAAUUAUUCAGAUAACAGCGCUCAAUUUAUUGUUACAGGCCAACAAAUGCAAAGGGAACCUCCCGCAUCACCUAUGAACACAGGAUUCGGAGCGAACUAUCUAAACACUAACUUUGGGGGCGCAGAUAGGAAUAAAGCUAAAACUUUUACUCCUCAAGUACUAACAAGUAUUAAUAGUGUAACCCCCAAAAAACCUAUGGAUGUAGAAGUGAAAAACGAACCGCAACACCAAGUUUUGACAAGAAUGGACAAACUUAAGGCGCUUCACAAAAGCGGUCCGAGGGCGUUUUCCGGUCCAGUGGAGAAGGUGCUUAAAUGGCACAAGGCUUUGCAGGACAUCGGCGUUUUUGUAUUUUACGAAAUAGUUGCCAAAUGUGUGAGCGUAAGAUCUGGAGAGUCUUGCGCUAAGAUCCUUGUUAUAAGAGAUGACAGCGGCCCUGCAAUGCAAGUUGUAUACUACGAGAUAGAUUUUCUUCUCGCAGAAUUGAAACUCCCCACCACCGUGAGGGUGAUAGGAAGAAUGAUGCCAGGAACUUGUAGACUUCAAGCAUUCAGCGUCCGUCCGGCGACAGGGGAUGACGUCGCGACCUUGCAGCGUCGAGCUGCAGUAGCGGCCCACCAUGUUGCACGGCUCUGUAAAGAGUAUGGAGUCAACCAGUAAUUGUCUAUGGUUUGUGAUUGAUUUGAUUUUUAAAUAAAUGAAAUGUUGGUUGUUACGUUAAUUAUUCUAAAAAUAUGUUUUUG